AUGGACUGGAUUGACAAAUACAAAAGGGUGGAAGAGGACCAGCUGCAAGGAAAAGAAAUGGAGAAGAUUAUCCCACAGAGAAGAAGUGAUUUUAGGUCGGAUCAAUACAACAAUAACCGUCUAAGGAGAGAUUUCGCAGGGCAAUCUGAGCCGACCAAUACACAGAUGGUUAACGCUGUAUUCAGAGAACCAGUACAGCAAGUUUUGGAAAAAAUCAAGAAUGAGUCAUUCUUCAAGUGGCUGAACAAGAUGACUGGAGACUCCACGAAGCACAAUAGGAGUCUGUAUUGUCAAUACCACCAAGACCAUAGACAUAAUACAGAAGAUUGCAGGAACCUUUGGAACCACCUUGAUCACCUAAUCCGAGAAGGGAAAUUAAGGCACCUCCUGCAUCCUUCCAGUGGUUAUCAAGGCCAGCUACCCGCCUAUGACUUUACCCCAGAGCCCAAAAGGCCCAAAGUGUAUCGUCAUCCAAUCUUGGGUUUUUCCGAGGAAGACAAAUUUGGAACCAUCCAACCUCACGACAACGCGUUGGUAAUCACUCUUCGGAUUGGGGGCUACAACGUAAAAAGGGUAAUUGUAGAUGGUGGCAAUAGGGCCGAGAUCAUGUACCCCAAUCUCUAUAAGAGACUGAAGCUGAGACCAAAAGACUUAACGUCCUACGGUUCCCCCUUGUUGACUUUUGAUGGAAAGAUGGUCAUGCCAAAUGGCCAAAUUAGACUACCUGUGCAAAUCGGCCCAAAGAUAGUGGAGGCUAACUUCAUUGUAAUGGAUACCUACUCCCCUUACACUGCCAUUGUAGCCAGACCUUGGCUUCAUACCCUAGGAGCCGUUGCCUCCACCUUGCAUCAGAAGGUGAAGUUCCCUUCCGAAGGCCGGGUCUUGGAGAUUCAAGGUUGCCAGGCUAUGGCGAGAGAAUGCCUGGUGGCUGCCAUCUCACAUCGGCCCGAAGCAGAGUCCUCGGCCCGCGUUGAAGAAAGCUCAUAG